ACUCCAGGGAACCAGAGAGAGAGAAGCCAGAAGACAUCGACCAACAUUUCUCACACACUCAACAGAGGGAAUACAGGAGGUCAAAAGAUGAAAAGCACCCACUCUUUCGCUGGACUUCUGCUCUUGAUCAUUGUUCAGAGCAGCUGGCAGAUCCCGCAGGAGAGCACAGAGGAAAACUCUAGCCUGUUGACAGAGGACUCCAUGUUCAGUGAGCCAAGGGAGCUUUCAAACAUGAAGAGACAUUCAGAGGGAACCUUCUCUAACGACUACAGUAAAUAUCUUGAGUCGAGACGAGCACAAGACUUUGUCCAGUGGCUAAUGAACUCCAAGAGAAGUGGUGGUCCCAUCAAACGACAUGCAGAGGGUACCUACACCAGCGACGUGAGCUCCUACCUGCAGGACCAGGCAGCCAAGGAAUUUGUGUCCUGGCUGAAGAAUGGCCGAGGCAGACGAGAAUAGGGCUCCUCUACUCAGUCACAGAGUCCCCCAGUGUCUUAUGUCCCUGCAGUCAAGAGAGAAUGCAACUCAUCCAGAAUGACCCCCUUGUUCCAUUUCAUGUUUUAUAACCUGCAUCGUCCUCUGGUCGUGCUAAUAAAUCCCCUGACAAGAAAUGCUGUUGUCUGUCAAAUGCUAAUGUUUUGGUUGUUAACAGAGAACGGUGACAAUGUAUUAUCUAAAUGCUUCACUCUGUACUUAAACAUCAGUGGUAAGAUUUUCGAAGUGAUACAAAAGGAGAGGAAUAUUGUGGUUAAAGGGUAGCCUAAGAGUGAGAUGUUCUUUCACUCUCCUAAAAAUAACAGGUGCAAAAUGUUGGUAAAACUGGCCCAAAAUCUGUCAUCUGUACCUUGCUUAUUUUUGGUGGAAACAUUUUAAAGGUCCAAUGCAACCA